AUGAUUUCUAUUACGGCCAGAGUGAAUCGGGUGUCGUUGUCUCGGAAAUCUUUCAUCGCACCUCGAAACUUGUGCUCUUGUACCCGAGCCACUCGUGCGACUUCUUACACACUCAAUACUGGCGUGAAAAUUCCAUCCCUCGGGUUCGGCAGAUUCCGAGACCCGGACUCUCAAGGAGAUACUGUGAGCCAGGCAUUACGGAAGGGCAUGCGCCUAAUUGACACCGCUCGGGUUUACGACGUUGAAGAGCAAGUUGGAAAGGGAAUCAAGAAAAGUGGAGUUCCUCGUGAAGAAAUCUUCCUCGGUACGAAGUUAUGGUGUAGUGAUUACCAUCCCGACGGUGUGGAACGGGCCUUGGAUGACUCCUUACGCGAAUUGGAUACUCCUUAUGUCGACCUUUUGUUGAUGCACUACCCGUGUACCUUCAAGCGUGGCUCAGAUCAAUUCCCCCGAGAUGCUGACGGCAGGAUAAUUCAUGGAGAAACCACAUUCGUGGAUACAUGGAAAGCAAUGGAAAAAAUGACAAAGACCGGAAGGGUCAAGGGAAUUGGAGUCUCGAACUUCAGCCAAGGCGAAAUUCAAACCUUGCUCAAUGAAACUUCUACACCGGGCCUAGGACAUGAGCUGAUUACGUUUCAAGACCCCUGCCGCUCACCAGAUGGAAGUUCAUCCUUACUUGCAACAGAAAGGAUUCAACAAAUGGCUAAAGGCCAAGGGAAUCCACGUCGUCCAGUUCAGCCUGCUCGGAAAUAUGAACGAUUUCUAUCGGCAGACUGGGUGGUCCAAGGAAGUUGCGCAUAUGAUGCGCGUAUCGAUCAACCUAUUUUGAAGGAGAUUGGGGAUAAAUAUGGUAAAAGUGCCGUGCAGGUGGUGCUUGCGUGGGGUAUUAACAGUGGUCGUUCUGUUAUUCCCAAGAGUGUUGUCGAUUGGCAAAUCGAACAGAACUUGGAGGCAGACUUUGAGCUACAGCCCAAGGAUAUGUCUUAG